GGGGCGGCUUAUUCAUCCACAGUGCUAUGCCGGAUAGGCUGAGGUCGCCUCUCUUCAAAAUGCACCGGGAGCUGGCCCGUAUGGGAAGCACCAGCAGCGAGGACUCUGUCUCCGAGUCGGAGACUGACGACAGCAGUAGCAACAACAGCGGCAAGAGCAGUAGCAGUAGCAGUAAUACUACAGUGGAGACUACCCACACUACUGGCUAG